AUGGAAAAGCAUGAAAGAAUAAUAAAAAACUUGAAUGAGCAAUUUAAGCAAGUGGACAAAGCAUAUGAAAACAAUGAUAUGAGAGUCUUUGGUAGAAAUACAACAAGAAUAUUUCAGGAACUGGAUGUGAUAAGAAGAAAGCAGAUUGACUUGGCUAGUGACCAUGUAGCUUUGGAGGCUAUGAAUGAUAUACCACUUAUUAAAAUGAACCAUAAAGCAGAUCAAAACAACAAGGUUUAUACAGAGAGCUUUGAAAAGAAGAAAGAUAUGUUGAAGAAUAUGAUGAAGAAGUUGGAUGAAUUAACACAGGCAAUGGAACAAUUCAAGAAUAUCUCAAAGCCUGAUUAUCAAGGAAACGAUUCAUUAAUUGAAAAAGAAACCAUGAAUGAAAGUCUAACAGACCAAUAA